CUGCGCCUGGUCAGGGACCGGCGCACAGGGGUCUGAUUCUGAAAGCUGCCACAGCCUCGGCUUCAGAGAAAACUUGAUGAUGCAGCUGUGGGAUGCAGACUACCUCUACGUUGAGGGUGGGCCUCUGGACGGUCGCUACUACCUGCACCACCUGGAGUUCUACUGGGGCUCAGACGACUCCAAGGGCAGCGAACACACUAUCAAUCAAGAGAGGUAUCCGAUGGAAAGCCAAUGGGUACUGUACAGCGAGAAAUACCCAAGCUACGAGGAAGCUUCUCAACACCCGGGUGGAGUGCUCAAAAUGUCUCAGAUGUACUCUAUAACAGAAGACGAAAACUGGUCGCUGAGUCCCAUCGUGGAACAGUUGCCCAACGUUCGUAGGCCUGAACGAGUCGCUGUAUCGAGCAGCCCACUGGAAUACGCCUUACUGUUGGGCGUGCCCGUGGACGACUACUACUACUAUAAUGGCAGCUUCACCAGGCCGCCCUGCUCAGAGACAGUCAUAUGGCUCGUCUAUCCCAAUGCGAAUACCAUCACCGAAGAACAGUUGGAGGCGUUCCGGAACCUCCGAUCCGCAUCCGGCUCCUACAUGGCGAACAACUUCCGCCAGACGCAGCCGCUGAACGGCCGCAAGGUGAUCCGGAGCGAUAAAGCGGAGCCAGAGCGGCGGCGCGCCAACGGGCGUCGCCAGGCAACCCAGUCCGGCCGCCGCGCACGACACGGCAUCUCCAGGCGUCGCGGCGCCGCCCGACGCGUCCACCACUAAGCUGCCCCCUCCCGGUACCUGGUGCACACAUCUGGGCUGCGGCGGGGACGUGGCCAAAGCCUGGAUCCACAAAAAUACCAGCAGGCCGAUCCACACAGCUCCAGUCUACAGUCUGCUAGUUUACUGCACUCCCAUCCCUAUGCUACGUACAAUCGAAAAACAUUUCACCAAAUCAUUCACUACCAGAAUAAAGUUAAAUGUACUAAAGCAGUGAACCCCCACAAAAACGAAGUACGGAAUAUGUAAAGAUCUAUUUACAGUGACACAGCCUCGUGAAAAGUUUCUCCAAUCAAAUUUCGAGUAGUGGUCGCCAUUGUUGCCGAGGGUGCUUCGUGACGAUGCUAAUCAACACCUCCUAGAAAAAGAAAAGAAAGACUGUUCACCGGUCUGUGUAACGUCAUCGUACGCUGUCGGAGUAAGUGUCAUCGCAAUCCGUUCGGUAAAGGGAACGGAAAUCUAAAAUUCGUAAAGAAAUCGAUUUAAACUCUCUGAUGAUUUAUGGCUUAUGGAACGGCAACAUUACCUCUUCGGAAUGACAUAAUUGUUUUCUUUGUAGUUUUUUGC